AUGUUACGUUUGUUAUUAAAGUCAAAAGGAAUACAUGUUGUAUCACGUAUUCGAGGAGUUUCAGUUCCUUGUAUAAAUAUCCGUACUUAUAAAACACGCAUCCAACAAUUACAUCAUGAUGGAAUAGAUUAUAAUCAACAAUCAAUAGAAACGAAAGCUGAUGAACAUGUUCGUCGUUGUACAUUCUAUAAAGAUCUUGAUAUUUGGACAUUAUAUAAGACAAUUUGUCCAAAUGUACGUACACUUGGCGAUGUCUUAUAUGAAGGUCGUACUGCUUCAAAUAAUAGUUCAUGUGUAGGUAUUUUACAAUCGUCGAAUAGUACAAAAUCAAUAGAAUGGUUAUCCUAUUCAAUGGCAAUCGAACGAAGUCUCAUGAUUGGUUCAUAUUUAUGGAAAUCUGCAAAUCUUACACCUAUGCAAUCAAAAGUAGCUAUUAUGUCCUCGAAUCGACCUGAAUAUCUAUUUGUUGAACAAGCUUGUUAUAUGUAUGGAUUUAUUCUUGUGAAUCUUUACACUAGUUAUGAUCCUGCUGCUGUUAUGAAUUUACUUCAUCGAACUAAAGCAGAAAUACUUGUUGUUGAUAAUAUUGAACGUAUUAAAUCAUGUCAAAAUGAGUUAUUACAAAAUAAUCAACUCAAAAUGAUCAUUGUCAUGGAUGAUAAAAUCGAUAAUCAAACAAAUAAAAUACAAAGUCUUUCAUCAAUCUUAAAGAUAACAAAGGCAAAUGAUAUUUGUGAACGACCGAUCAUAGAUCCAAAUAGUAUUGCAACAUUCAUUAUGACCAGUGGUACAACAGGUGAACCAAAAAUUGUGAUGCUAUCGCAUGAGAAUCUUUUAGCAGGAUCAAAAGGACAUAUUCUUCGUAUCGAACGAGCUAAUAUCAAAGGAUCUGUUACGGCUCGACACUGUUCAGUAUUACCAUUGGCUCAUAUAUUUGAACGAUUCAUUCUUCUCGCAGUCCUUCUACGUGGUAAUCAAGUCGUAUUUUGUCCUACACCAGAUAAAUUUGUUGAGUAUUGUUCUAUUGUAAAACCAACUCAAAUGACAGUUGUACCUCGAAUUCUGAAUAAAAUCCAUGAUAAAAUUAUGAUGGAAAUCAAUAAAAGUAAAUUAAAACAAUAUCUUGUUCAACAAUCCUUACGUAGUGAAGAAUCAUGGUGGUUAUCACGUUUGAUUUUGGGUAAAGUUAAAAAAAUAUUUGGUAAUGAAUUAAAAGCGAUAUUUACUGGAUCGGCACCAAUCACGCAUGAUGUAUUACAUUUUUUUCGUAUUGCACUCGAUAUACCUAUUAUGAGUGGAUAUGGACAAACAGAAACAACAGCUUGUGGUACUACUACUCAUGCAGGAGAUCUAUCGUUUGACACAAUUGGUUCACCUGUUGCAACUGUCGAAGUGAAACUUAUCGAUGUACCACAUACGAAAUAUCGAAGUGAAAUGAAUCAAGGAGAAAUUUGUAUUCGAGGACCAACUAUCUUCAAAGGCUACUAUAAUGACGAAGUCAAGACACGUGAAACAAUUGAUGAAAAUGGUUGGUUACAUACAGGUGAUAUUGGAGAAUGGACAAGUGAUGGUGCAUUACGCAUUAUUGAUCGUACAAAACAUAUAUUUAAAUUGAACCAAGGUGUUUAUAUUCGUUCUCCAUGGAUUACACAGAUCUUUGUUGAUGGAAUUUCGACAGAAGCUACGGUAGUAGCUAUUGUUAUACCAGAUGAAGACUUUGUACGAAAACAUUUUAAAUCAACACAAACAAUAGCAUUUACUGAUUUAUGUAAAGAACCAGAAUUGAAACAGAUUAUCUUGACCGAUUUAAUUCGUUUGGCUAAAGAUAAUAAGUUGAAAUAUUUUGAAACUGUAACCAAUAUUUAUCUUCACCCGCAGCCAUUCUCAAUGGAGAAUGGUCUUCUUACUAUAACGCUUAAAACGCGUCGAAUGAAUGUUCAAAAACAAUUUCAAUCAAUCAUUAACUCACUCUACAAUGUAAAGAAAGUGGCAACGAACAAUCUAUAA